CAUCAAGUUGUGUUACACAGAACAGACAUGCAGCAGCGCCCCCACUUUGAAGAGGAAGAGGAGGAGCCACAGCCCCUCCACAUUAAAGAGGAAAAGGAGGAAGUGUGGAUCACUCAGGAGGAAGAGGAGGCUGAUCUCAGCAAGUUUCCACUGACUGUUGUCUCUGUGAAGACUGAAGAGCAUGAAGACAAACCACCUGAGUCCUCACAGCUUCAUCACAGUCCAAACGUCUGUGAAGAACAUCUUCUCCCUGAGCAACAGAAGUGGAACUUCAGGAUGCGGAUGGAGGAGCCAGGGCCCUCUCACAUUAAGAAGGAAGAGGAAUACCCACUGAUCCCUCAUUUUAAAAAGGAAGAGGAGUACCCACUGACACCCCAUUUUAAAGAGGAAGAAGAGGACCUGCUGACACCCCAUUUUAAAGAGAAAGCGGUGGAUCCACUCAGCCCUCACAUUAAGGAGGAAGAGGAGGACCCACUGACCCUUCACAUUAAAGAGGAAGAGGAGGACCACAGCAUCAGUCAGCAGGGAGAGCAUCUUGAAGGACUGGAGGAGGUUGAUGUCACCAAGAUGCCAGUGACUGGUGUCCCUGUGAAGAGUGAAGGUGAUGAGGUCAAAGGUGAGAGUGAGGAGAAGAGAGAGGCGGAGCCUCCAAGCAGCAGCUCAACUCAACACAUGACAACAGAAGCUGAUGGAGACCACUGUGGAGGAUCACAAGCAGACAAGCUCUUAGCUCCACUAUCAGAUAGUGAGGACACAACGUCACACUCUCCUGACACUGAUGAUGAAGACUCUAAAGAUGAUAAGACAUGUCACACUGACAACACACACUUCACAUGUUCUCACUGUGACAAAACAUUUAAAUACCAUUGUCAUCUGAAAAGACACAUGAGAACACACACUGGAGAAAAACCUUUUUCAUGUUCAAUCUGCGGUAAAGAUUUUACUCAAAAGCACCAUUUCAAAGCACACAUGAGAAUACACACUGGAGAAAAACUUUUUUUCUGCUCAGAAUGUGGUAAAAGUUUUGUAAUUAACCAAUAUUUAAAAAUACACAUGAGAACACACACUGGAGAAAAACCUUUUGCAUGUUCAAUCUGCGGUAAAGAUUUUACUCAAAGUCAAUCUUUCAAAACACACAUGAGAAUACACACUGGAGAAAAACCUUUUUCCUGCUCAGAAUGUGGUAAAAGUUUUGUAAUAAAUCAAAGUUUAAAAGUACACAUGCGAACACACACUGGUGAAAAACCUUUUUCGUGUUCAAUCUGCGGCAAAGAUUUUACUCAAAGGACCCAUUUCAAAGCACACACGAGAACGCACUCUGGUGAAAAACCAUACCCCUGUUCAAGCUGCAACAAAAGCUUUCGUUACCUAAACACUCUUACAGCACACAUGAGAACACACACAGGAGAGAAAGUGUUGAGUUGCAGUGUGUGUGGUGAAAGAUUCUCCUAUAAGUACCAGUGUAAGAAACACAAGUGUGCUGGUGAGAACAGCAGCAGCAAAUGAAGAUGCAGGAUUUGAAAUAAACUGUCAUAACUUUAACUUUGGCUUUCUAACAUCAGCACAUAUAACAUGUGUGACAUCAUUGUUAAUAUGCUUAUAACAUUUAUAGAUUAGACACUUCAGAUUAGUGCUUUUAUUUCAGUCAAGUACAUGAGUUAAUAUACACAUUUGUGUACUUUAAAAUGAACAGAACAAUUUGACUGAAAAGGUGAGAAUAAACAGUACAUAAAAUAUGUUACAUACAAUAAACAUUUUAAGUGUAGAUAUUCAUAAUUCACUUUUAUACUUAUUCAUAAUAGUGUUUUAUAUAUGUUUUUUGAAAUAAUGAAGUGUUACAUAUUUUAUUUUCUAAUUGUAGAUGAUUCCAUAGAUGAACUCCUUUAUAUGAUGUACAUAUUUGUUUUACAUGUGUUCAUACCUUUGCUUUUGAGUACACAUAAAUCCCUCUUAGUUCAUAUUUACUGGUUCACAUCUGAAACAUCUUCUGGACCACUUCUGGAAGCAUAUUAUUAUUUACUUUAUACAUCAUUUGAGCAGUUGUCUUUUUUACAAUUUUAAAAUGUGUGACUUUAUGAAUCAUUAGUUGGGUCUCUAUAAUCCAUUCUAUUAAUUGUCUUUAUUUCUCUCUUGUGUAAUAUGAAUAUUGUUGUGUGAAUGUUUUAU